GGUGGAAAAUGGGUCAAAUCUAGGGUUUAGUUUAUAAACCCUAACAAGUUGGUUUAUGAAUCUGAAGUGAGUGUAGUCGACAGGUGGAGUUGGAGCCUUUGGAGGAGGGAAUCGCGGCGAAGUACACUAUGCCGAAGCAAAUUCAUGAGAUUAAAGACUUUCUCCUCACUGCAAGGAGGAAGGAUGCACGCUCUGUGAAAAUUAAGCGUAGCAAAGAUGUGGUGAAGUUCAAGGUCCGUUGCUCCAGGUACCUGUACACCCUCUGUGUGUUUGAUUCUGAGAAGGCUGAUAAGCUGAAGCAAUCACUCCCUCCAGGUUUAAGUGUGCAGGACGUGUGAUUCAUUUGAUGGAGACCAGGUUUUGCUUUGAUUUCGGGGAUUCAUAGUAAAACGGCCGAGAAUUUUCUUUUUGUUAUUCCUUUUGGGAUCAUAUAUUAUUUUUAAGACGGAUCCAUCUUUCUUCGUGAUUAUAUGGCUAGUUGAUUAAACCUUGUUAAUUUGAUGUCAAAAUAUUUCCUGUUAUUUCUUCAUUCUUGUUUUGGGUUGAAAUGUCGACAACGAUCUUUCUAUC